AUGUGCACUAACGAUUUUGCUAGUGAAGAUCCGAAAAACGGAGGCAUAUCAGUAGACAGUGUUGUGUUACGUGUCAUGACCCAGCAAGAUGGGUGUACAUGUGAAGUUAGUUUACAAAAUCAUUUUAAUACAUAUACUGUUUACAUGAGAAUUUAUGAGUUAUUGAGAAGUGCAGCUCCAGAGAGGGAGGCAUGUGGACUUGCCAUUGACGUAGACUACACCAGUCCAAAAAAUAUUCCUGAGAAUAAGGAUACAAUUGAAUGCACAAAAGGAAUUGAUACACGCUCUGUUUCACUUUCACCAAAUGGAGUUCAACAUCUACGAUCCAGAAUUAUCGGUGGAGUUUUCUCCAGAGGAUACUGUCUUCAAAUAUAUCGACAACAUACAACCGGCGAUAAGAUAGGCAUACAAAUGAAUUGCAGUCUACCUUAUAUGCAAACCACGCAACAGGACAAGACUGAUUCAAGUAAUAUACAAACAACUCAACAAAUGACCGAUGUUGCUAUUCACGACAGUGCUGUAUCGGAUAAUGGAAAUGUAAGGACAGUGAUUAUUAUUGUUGCUGUUAUUGGUUGGUGUUUGACUGCACUAUUUGCCAUUACAACAGUAUGUCUGUACAGAAGAAUAUACAAACAACGGUCAAGCGAUUCUGGUGAACCAAAUGGUAAUGCACAAUAUCAGGACUUACAUGUAACAAGACUAUCAUCAUGUUACAGUUCACUAAACGCAUCAUCAAUUCAUUCAGAACAAGAUGAACACAUGUGAAUUACAUGUCGGUCCAAGAAUUUCUAAUUCAUAUCGAAAACAAUUUCUUAAUGUCUUCAUAGGAAAUAUGAUUUGUUAAACCAUUCUACAAGAGACUGGCUUGUGCCAUAAUCAGUACAUUAUUCUGAUUGUAGCCAACAAUACUGCGCAUUGGAAUGCACACAAUAAACGCUUGAUCAAACUUAACUCUUUUAACAUAAAACAAUUAUUGUACAGAAAUUUUACAAAUACAUAAUCAUUUGAUGUUAA